UUUUGAUUGUCGACAACGAAGUGAACCAAGAGGUCAGUAGUAGGUGGGGGCUCUUCGCGUCACCGGCCCAGAGCUGCUGCUUUUGGUCCUGGAAGGCUACACUAAAGCGCGUCUCAGCUGAAAGUCAGUGGAGGCGCGCAUCGCAUGCAUAGCACUGCUGCACCCUGACUACACGUUCUCCGCAACGGCCACCAAGGCGUCUCUUUGCUGCUCCAUCGUCCAUUUGGCACUCACGCCUUUCCUUUACUACUUCUUUUUACACGUUCCUCCUCCAAACGCUCUUCCUGUAUCUUCAGCCUCAUACCAUAUGUCGGCUCCAAGAUUACGCGACGGCGGUGGCGGCUCAGCUCCUCCUGCCGGCUCCACCGCCACAAGCGCCACUAUUGCUGCUCCUGCUGUUGCUCCUGCUGUUGCUCCUGCUGUCGGGGCGGCGGGAGCGACCGCCAACGCGUCCGCAGCAUCGGCACCAGCAGCGGGAGGGGUGGCCGGUAAGAAGAACGCGAACACCAUCGACGCGCUCACGGCGACAUUGCAGAGCAGCAAGCUGGCCGACAGUGCCAGUGCCACGAGUGGGGACAGACUUGCGACGAUGGACAACGACGCCAUCAAGACGCUGCUGCUUGACACGAGCACCGAGUCUGGCGAAGUCCUGAGCGUCUGCCUUCACGAUCACAUCUGGGCCAACGGUGGAGAGGCAGUUCUCCGCCUGGGACUGCCACCGAGGACCUACGAGGAGCAGGAGCACUUUAAGCACGACAUUGACGGGAUCGAGGCUGUCGAUCGGUGCUUCACCGAGAACGAGCUCGAUCUGGCCGUCAAGAAUGUCGUGAGGGCAUGCCAGGAUGCCGAAGGCCAGGCUACGGUGCUGUGCAGGGGACAGAGUCCACAGUCGAGCUACGCCUACCUGAUGCUCCGGAGAAUACCGGCGGGUGCCCAGGAGCUCCUGGAGCUGCGCAUCGCCGUCAUUGGCAAUGUCGACGCCGGCAAGUCGUCUACCCUCGGCGUUCUUACCAAGGGCGGGCUCGAUGAUGGACGAGGCAAAGCCCGUGUCAACCUGUUCAGACACAAGCACGAGAUCGAGAGCGGGCGAACGUCAAGCGUAGGCAUGGAAAUCGUGGGUUUCGACAGCGAGGGUGAGGUCGUCACGAAUGCCGAAAAGGGGUCGACGGAGCCAGGAAGAAAGAUGAGCUGGGAGGAGGUGUGUGCGAGGAGCGCAAAGGUUAUUUCUUUCAUUGACCUCGCGGGACACGAGCGCUACCUCAAGACGACCGUUGGUGGUCUCACAGGAUGCCUGCCCGACUUUUGCAUGCUCAUGGUCGGCGGCAAUGCGGGUCUGAUUGGCAUGAGCAAGGAGCAUCUCGGCGUGGCUCUGGCCCUUGCUGUUCCUGUGCUCGUGUGUAUCACAAAGGUCGACAUGACUCCUCCGCACAUCCUCGAGGCAACCAUCAAGCAGCUUAGCAAGAUUCUGCGCUCGCCCGGCUGCCGCAAGACGCCCGUCUUUGUCGAGAAUCAGGAGCAGGCCGUUGAGACGGCAUUGCGGCUGGGGAACGAGCGCAUCUGCCCCAUCUUUCAGAUCUCCAAUGUCACGGGCCAGAAUCUUCCGCUCCUACGCUCCUUUCUCAACGUGCUGCCCCAGGCAAACCCGGCCAAGUUCUCGCCAGAGGCACCCUUCAAGUUCCAAUUGCAGGAUGUGUUCAGCGUCCCAUUCGUUGGCUGCGUCGUCAGCGGCGUCAUUCUGUCUGGCGUUGUCAAGGUGGGCGAUAACCUCAUCAUCGGACCCGACACACUGGGCCAGUUCACGCCCACUAGUGUUCGUUCCAUCCAGCGCAAGCGUGUCAACGUCGAUGCUGCCUCUGCCGGACAGAGCGCCUCUUUUGCGCUCAAGCGCAUCCGUCGCAACCAGGUCCGCAAGGGCAUGGUCAUGCUCUCGCGCACUGACUCGCCUCCCAAGGCCUCAAUGACGUGCGACGCCGAGAUUCUCUGUCUGUACCACUCCACGACACUGAGCGUAGGAAGCUGCAUGGUGCUCCAUGCCGCCAGCAUCCGGCAGACGGUACGCAUCCUGGCCAUUGCUAAGCUCGACUCGCACGGCGAUGUCUCCACUGACACCACGAUGGCCUCGGCCAACCCCGACAAGCCCGUGGUGAGAACGGGCGACCGAGCGCUGCUCAGAUUGCAGUUCAUCAGGUUUGCAGAAUACGUUGAGCCGGGCCUGAAGCUCAUCACGAGGGAGGGCAAAACGAAGCUUAUUGGAGUCAUUCGCUCCGUGGGCCAGACGGGCCCUCUGGGUGCGGUGAACAAGCAGCCCGAUUCUCAGGGUCCCACCAUGUCUGCCCCACCUGCCAAUGCCACGGCGACCGCAAGCGCUUGAAAUUCUUUUAUCGACUCUUGUCUCUCCCGUACUGUAUUCUUACGCAUCAUCACCGUGAUCCUCCCGUCGAGGCUAUCGUAAUCAUCGUCCACGUGGCA